AUGGCAUCACUCACAAUUUUGAACGGCACGGAGAGCCUUAUGAACGGAGACUACUAUCUUGUCCCCACAACUUCCAGCAGUCACACCAUCAGCAAUACCUCACCCAGUAAUAUUCUGCAACAUUCCCCCACGACAACCAUGAGCAGCACAGCACAAAGAAUCGCACCAAAGUUGCCCAACCACAGGUACAGCUCCAGCAGCAAUUUACCACAGGACUGUGCAGAUCUCUUGCGCUGCAAAAGGAGAAUACAACUGGGGCAACUGCCCUCCGCAAGCAAAAGCAUGGGUCCCCAGCCGGCAGCGGUGGCCAGGAGAAACGAGCGGGAAAGAAACAGGGUCCGUCUCGUUAACAUGGGCUUUGCCACUUUGCGCCAGCACGUUCCACAUUCCACCAAGAACAAAAAGAUGAGCAAGGUGGACACUCUGAGGUCUGCAGUGGAAUACAUCAGGAGGUUGCAAGAGCUUCUGGGAGAGACUGGCCAGGGGAUGUCCGCAGACGAGAAUUCCUACCCGACGGGAGGACAGUCAUCGACGGGUUCCCCAACGCCUAGCCUGUGUUCCGAAGCAUCUUCGCCGUACGACAUGGCGCACGGAGAUGAGGAAGACGAACUCAUGGACUUCACUUCCUGGUUCUAA